AACUAUUUAUAAAUACUAGUUUCUCGUCUCAGGUCUUUUGCCGAUCUCCACUUUCGCUCUGUAACCUAGAUUCGCUCAUCUCAUAUUCUCUCCAUGGAUAGACAAUCCGCCACCCCUUCGAAUGUGAUUAAGGCCACGGCGCAUCUAAACGAAGUGAAAGAUGGUUUGGAGAAAGACAAAAAAAUAUCUGAUGUGAUAGAGAUGUUGAAAGGAUUGGUUGAUCGUUUUGAGAGGAUGGAAGAGAAGGUGGAUUGUCGUCUUCGGGAGAUGGAAGAAAAGGUUGAUAUGUUGAUCUCAUCGGUUGCAAAGGCCGAGGCAGACAACAUGUCUGUGGAUGAAUCAUCUUCUUAUAGUGAUGAAGAGCCUGCCCAGAAAUAUUCUGAAGCAAAUAUCUGGGCUCCUAUAAAAGCGACCACUAGUAAUAUCCCUUCCGGUCCUUUUGUUCGUGGACCUCGUGGUCCUACUAGUCUUAACGUUGGUGGUCGUUUUUCCGGUGGUCGUUGUGGCGGUCUUGGUGAGUGUAGCUUCUGUUGAGAGGAAGAAGAGACCUGGUUCUGUUACUCAGAUGGAAAC